GAGUCAAAGGGGCGCGGUCUUCUGAGCUCAUGGCGGGGCUACUAGUGGUCCUUGGCCGAGUCGUGCGACUUCCGGAUGGCCGCCUUUGGCGUUUCUUAUGUCGCGGAGUCGAGCGUUGGGGUCCCGCAGAGGCGACCGCGAGAGCCUCCCCGAGGCAGCUCUGCGUGCGACGAGAGGAGGCGUGGCGGGGCUCGGGGCUCGCGGGCAGCUGCCUGGGAAGCCGGGCCCUCGGCACUGCCAUGCCGCCGCCCCCGGGGUCGUCAGGGCGGGAAUCGAAGGGCCGCAGAGACCCCACGCGCCCCUCGCAGCCCGGGCCUGUUUCUUGGAAGUCCUUAGCACUGACAUUUGCUGUUGGAGGAGCUUUACUGGCUGGAAUGAAAUACUUCAAGAAAGAAAAGGCAGAAAAGCUGGAGAAGGAACGGCAGCGAAGUUUAGGAAAGCCUUUACUCGGGGGACUGUUUUCCCUCACAACUCAUAUUGGAGAACCUAAAACUGACAAGGACUACCUGGGCCAGUGGGUACUGAUUUAUUUUGGUUUCACCCAUUGCCCUGAUAUCUGUCCAGAAGAACUAGAAAAAAUGAUUCAAGUCGUGGAUGAAAUAGAUAGUAUUCCAUCACUACCAAAUUUAACUCCGCUUUUCAUCACUAUUGACCCAGAGAGGGACACAAAAGAAGCCAUUGCAACUUAUGUGAAAGAAUUUUCUCCCAAGCUGAUUGGCUUGACUGGGACAAAAGAAGAGAUUGAUCAAGUGGCCCGGGCAUACAGAGUAUAUUACAGCCCAGGACCCAAGGAUGAGGACGAGGACUACAUAGUGGAUCAUACAAUAAUAAUGUACUUGAUUGGACCAGAUGGUGAGUUUCUAGAUUAUUUUGGCCAGAACAAGAAGAAUGCAGAAAUAGCUGGUGCGAUUGCUGCACACAUGAGGGAGCACCGAAAGAAGAGUUAGCUGGGCGGUGUUGCCAGAGGCGGUGCGCUCUCGCUAAAGAGGACAGUGGCUUUGUGUCUCCCAGAGGAGCUGGUAUAUGUGCAACCUACAGAAUGGCCUUCAUACCAUGAGAACAUCUGUAUAUUUUGGGCAGGGCAUCCUGCCCUGGGGUUCAUCGAAGAUACAUUCUUGGCACUAUAAAGGUUACUACCAAAAGUCUCCCAGGUAUCCGUAAGACCAGAGGACCAAGAUGAUGUGAAGCCAGUGAGGAGCGGCCCUCGCGGAGGACACAGCAGGACGCGCCAUGUUUGGUGACUUCACCCACGUAAACGGGGCCCCAGUUUAGCUCUGCUGCCCCUCCAGUAUCUUGGACCCUUGCUUAUGCAGAUUAUGGGACUUAAUUUCCACGAAAAGAGGCUAAUUUCUAUAGUGCUCUUGCUUUCCUCUUCGAGUUCUUAGUGGCCUAUUUGGAAAAACAGUCAAAUUAGGCUCUCUGCCAUUCAGAGUUAAUUUUUAUACUUGGAAGCAUAAGUGUAGUCUUGCUUGUUAAUGGGUGUCAGUGUCAGGCUUGCAUUUCAUUCCACCGUCAGCAAAGUGCUGAUUUGACUAAUGAAGAGAAAACAUAUAGUUUGGGAAAACUGAAUCAAUUUGGGGGGCCUUCUAUGUGAUUUUUAGUGAAAUGAUAUGCCAGAUUUUCAGUGACAUAUGAAAUGGAAAUAAGAGGGUAUCGAUCAUGAGUGUGAUACAGAGUACUCCUGUGUAGACUGGAUUGCACUGCUUGGAAAAUAAAGGUGUCUUCAGUUUUGUAAA